AUGAAGUCCUCGCGGUUGAUAUUCUAUGCUCUGCUUGCCCUGCCUGGGACCUCCAUGGGCAGCAAGACAGCGUGCGCCAAUGCAUGUCAAGCUGUUGCGGGAGACCUUGUGUUCACCAGCACAAAAGACAUGACCGACUACUACGCCGAGCAAUGCGUCGAAGCCCUCCGAGAUGAGACCCUUUUCGUAUGCAUGAGAAGCUACUGUACGGAUAAAGAAGUCGAAGCUGGAAUCGCGUACUAUAUUGAUUACUGCCAAAAAUACGGAUCGGUCGACUUGUUACCCUACUCCAUCAUUGAUAACAUCACCACUGCUGAAGUGCAGAAGUGGCCUCAGAUCGAGCCACUCGACCUGCUUCAAUCACAUGUCUACGAAACUCCCGUUUACAUUACCGGACCACUAUUUCAGCUCUCCCUCCGGACUAUGGUCGAAUGGGAUAAUUCACUGACACACCGUGCAAAUUAUGGAUACGCCAUGUUUGGUUUCUUUGGCAUUGUUAUCCUCAUCGGAGCCGUCGCACGCCUCAUCAACCUCGUUCAAAUCCGCCUGAGCGGCCAAAGUCUCCAAGGCACCACUACAACUUCCAAGAUUUCUGGCUUACAGCGACUGGCGAAGCGGUACAUCACCACACCUGCACUGGUCUCGUAUCGAGCAGCAGAACCUGUUGGCUGGUGCACUGUUCCUCCUCGGCUACAAUCUGUUACCAUUGCGGCAUUCGUCAUCGUCAAUGUGGUUCUCUGCUGCGUAGAGUACCGUGUUUUCAAGUACAAUCUCUAUUGGCCCAGCAUUCCUACACAGCUGUGGCGAUAUAUAGCUGAUCGGACUGGGGUGAUUUCUUUGGCAAACUUGGUCCUCAUCUGGGCAUUUGGUACCAGAAACAAUGUUUUGAUCUGGCUUACCGGUUGGAACUUUUCCACAUUCAACCAAUUCCACCGCUGGGCCGCUCGUGUGGCGACCAUUGAGGCCAUCUUACACAGUAUUGGCUACACGGUCCUUGAGUUUAGGAGUGGUGGUAAGGAGGAAUACUACGCCCAAUGGUCCGAACAAUAUUGGUGGAUGGGUGCCGUUGCCACCGUCACCAUGAGCUUACUCGUCGGGGCCUCCAUUCUUCCAGUGCGGAAGUACGUCUACGAUGCGUUCCUGAUGAUUCAUAUCGUGCUAGCGCUUCUGACCCUUGUUGCCAUGUUCUAUCAUGUUAAGAUCAUGGACGGAGAGUACAAUCCUUACAUAUGGGCGUGUGUGGCGGUGUGGUCGUUCGACCGGGCCCUGCGAAUUGGCCGGAUUGCCCUUCUCAACCGGACGUCUUUCAGGGCCACGGCAAAGUAUAAUCCAGAGUCAGAUGUUGUCCGCAUCGAAGUACCCGUCAGGAUAGCUGGAGCGCGGCCCAGUCCUGGCACAUACUACUAUUUGUACUGCAUCCAUGGGGCAAAGUUCUGGGAAAGUCAUCCUUUUACCCUCGCAGCAUGGAACACGCAAAAAGAUGCCACCGCGGCGGGCAACGGAACACUGUCAUUCAUCGUGCGGCCUCACGAUGGCUUCACGGCCCGAUUGCGGAAUUACUUGGUGUCGAGACAGGACAAGGAAGACGGCACGCUGUCGUCGGAAAAGAGUCUCCGUGUUGCCAUCGAGGGUCCAUACGGUCCCGGUCAUAACGUAGAGGCUUACGACUCUGCCUUGUUUAUCAUCGGCGGGAUGGGUAUCACGGUGGCGCUUGCGUAUAUCCAGGCCCUUUGUGAGAAACUCACGUCGCAACGAACCUUGAAGCUGCGGAAACUCUACCUCGUGUGGUCAGUCCGCAAUAUUGAGUUAUUUCGCGACGUGUACGAGCGGGAGUUGUCACAUCAUCUCGCCGCCGUUCGCUCCCACACUGGCGGCUUCGACUUGCAAAUCGCUCUGUAUCUGACGAGACAAUCGGCCAAGAUGGCUGUCGACAAUGUAAACGUCAAGAAGCUCAUGUUGACCGCCAACGAGAAAGCGAUCGGUCCUCUGACUGUCCCCGCGCCUGGCAACGACAACGCGGUGGUCGCCGCCGCGGACCGGACCGACACGCCACCGUCUUUGUCGAGCAGCUCUCCCCCUGCAACACCUUCCAAAGGCUUUGGCAAUGAGGAUGACCCUGUCAAAGCUACCAAGCUCGCUCCUAGUAUUAGUGUCUUUGAAAACCGCCCACGGGUGCAGGACAUCAUCGCGGCCGGCGCGCAAGAAUGUCGGCCAGCGGGAGGAAAACUGGCCGUCGUCUGCUGCGGCCCUGCCAGCUUGGCCGAUGACACCCGUGCCGCGGUCGUCAAAGCUUUGGGAGAAAAGGACGCUCAGAUCGACUUUUUCCCCGAAUUUUUCAACUGGUGA